UGUUGUUGUUGUUGUCCUCUUUGUCAGGGCUGCUGGACCCUGGGCCCUGGACAAAAUCAUCCAAAAAAAGGACCUUUCCACCUCCAUGUCCUUUCCCAAGGUCCCUAGGCCUGAACCUUUACACCCCCAUGUCCUUUCCCAAGGUCCCUAGGCCUGAACCAAAGAAGCUGGAUCUAACAAGAAGCGUCAUUUUGUUUCUUUUCCGGUAUCCACUUUAUGUCGGGUGAACGCCCCUUUAGGAGACCUUUGGUUAGGAGACCUUCGGAGUCCUGAGGUUGAGAAUCAAUGAAGUGCCCUUAGCGCUGUAGAUGGUGGUAGCACACGUCUUGCACAAACUCCUCAAAAAGAGAAGAAGAAGUAGGGGACAACGCCCCCUUAGGAGACCCAACUUGAGCACACGCUUUUGCAUUGAGUGGGCGUGUUUUGCGAUAUCUUGGUUUGAUUCAGUAUUUUUGCCUGGACCUUUCCACCUCCAUGUCUUUCCUCAAGACCCAAGACAACCUGAGCCCUCCCACAUCCAUGUUCUUCCCCAAGGUGCCUUAUGUACCACGAUACUGUACUAAGUGAGCCAGAGGUCAGCUUCACCCUUCAGCAGGGUGGAGUGUCAGACAAGAGUUGUGGGAAUCCCAAGCCAAGAUGGUUUUCAGUCCCAGUGGUCAGGUGAAUGGUUAACGUCUAUCCACUGGACCGAUACAGACUUUUUAAACUUUUGGUUAAUUAUUUCCUCCUACAGACCAAGGGCCCUGACUGGCUGUCCCCGGAGGGCCAAGCUUCUGGAUUGGUUCUACAUAGAGGGUCAAGCUUUGUGAUUGGUUGUCCUCAGAGGGCCUUGCUUCCUUAUUGGCCCCUUCCGCAGGGCCCUGCUCUCUGAGUGGUGGCCUGCAGGGGGGUUGGGCGACUGAAGGUCCGCCUCUCCGUGCCAUGCCAGAGGGCCUCACCUGGCCAGGUGUUGUUGCCAUGGAAACAGCGGUCUGGAAGGAGGGCACAGGGAGCUGCGACAGCGUGCUCAGCAUGAGCUCCACUCACAGUGAUGACAGUCUGGACUACUUCACCCCUGACGUCAGGGCGACUCUCAUGUUAUUUGAGGCCACCAUCGAGUCUCUGGAAGAGGAGGAUGAGGAGGAGGACAGUGGCCUGUCUACGGACGAGCUGGAGACACCUACACGCACUCUGCCACACUCUGCCCUGCAUCCCGACAAGCUUGUCAACGUCUGCAUGCCAACACACACUAAGUUGGAAGAUGUGUCCAGGUACCACGACGACCCCAACCAGGUGAAAGGUCGAGACCAUAAGCCGUCGCUAAAGUACAUGGUGCCCACUCCGCUCCUAUUGGCCAACGGGGCCAAUCCAAUCCAACUGCGGCCCAGAUCCACUUCCUCCGCCGGCGACCACAAACGCCAACCGCCGCUGGAGUCCCGCCUCUCUGUCACGGAGCUACACCCUUCUACGCCAGAGCCACUUCCCCCAGUUACAGAGAUUCUCCCACCAGCCCCAGAGACCCCUCCCUCUGUUCCAGAAAAUCAACCUGCUAUUCCGGAAGCCCAUCCUGCUGUUCCGGAAGCCCAACCCACUGUUCCGGAAGCCCAACCUACUGCACAACAGUUCCAGCACUCUAUACAAGAAGUCCCCCCAUCUUCCCUGGUCCCCAUAGCCCAAGUGACAGAACCUGCUGCCACACUUGGGCCCCAGCCCACCACUGACACCAGUAGUGACCAUGUUACAGAAUCCCCUGGUGUCACUGCCGGCAAUAACAGCACUGAUGCAGAGGAGGUCAGUACUGAUCCUCCUAAUGUCACUGCAACUCCUGACCCAGUCAAAGUGGGAACUAGUGAAGACAUUGCUGCUGAGACAGCUGAGGUGGCCUCUGAUAGUCCGGCUGCUCCCCUUGAAGCCCCUGUUGAUGAGCCUAGAGCAGGAUCUGAGCUGAUCCCAGACAACAAUGUCGCUGAUGCUGAAAAUACUGAAAUUGCUAUUGUUGCCAAUGAUGCCAAUACAAGUGAUCCAGUUGAGGCGAUCCCUGUAAAUCCAGUGGAUUGCCCAGUCACUGUCCCGGACAUUGUAGAGUCCCAGGCCCCAAAGAGAGUCCUUGAGGACUGCAGUGAGGUGGGAAAGACAGGAGAGCCCAGUGGUGAGUCUGGGGACAGCCCCUCCGACAUCCCAGAUCCCUCCCAGAGCCCUGCUACUGCCCCUCUGGAGACCGGCCUUGGGUUCAUCCCACCCCCCAUGGACUUCAUGGAUGAACCCCUGGCAACCGAUGACUCAGAGAUUCCAGAACCCUCAGAGAUUCCAGAACCACCCAAGAUUCCAGAAGAACCAUCUGAGAUGCCGGAUGACCCUGUCGUAAGUUCAGCCGAUGUUUCACCACCACCUUCUCCUCCUGAUGCACCUGCGGAGGUCAGCUCAGAUGCGGAUACAGGUUUCCCAGCGUCUGACAUUCCGGAACCGGUUAUUCCAGCUCCUGAUGUUCCUGUGCAGAGCAGUGUAGACACAAUGUUCCCCAUGUCUGAAAUUCCUGCUCCCGUCAUCCCAGCUGCUGAUGUUCCUGUGCAGAACAGUUCAGAUAUGUCCUUCACAGUUUCGGAAAUUCCUGCUCCGGUGAUACCCUCUUCUGAUAUUCCUUCCCCAGAUACUUGCACUGCUGCGUUUCCACCGUCUGAUAUUCCACCUCCAGUUGUUCCACCCAUAGACGUCCACACGGAAGUGAUUCCUGAUGUUGAAACCCAGUCUUCCAAUAUUCCAGACCCAAUCAUCCCACCUCCUGAAAUUUCGGAAAUCCCAGCUCCUGACAGUCCAAUAGAUAUAAUUCCCGGCCCUGAUAUUCCAACUUCCUCUCCUCCAGCCACUGACAGUCCUGACACAGAGACCACUGUUAGCUCCAUUGUACAAUCGCCAGAAGACAGCGAGCCUGCAAACACUUUGCCAGCCCCAGUAGUAUCCCCCUUAUUGAAAUCACCUGAAGACAGCGAACCUCCAAUCACAACGGCAGCUCCAGUAUCCCCCACAGUGCAACUAGCAUCAGAGGAUGUCCCUCCAACUAAUCCCCCCGCCACCCAAAGUGACAGCGUACUUGUCAUCACCCCACCUGUUCCAGUGUCAGCUCAGGAAGUCGUACCUGCCACCACCCCACCUGCUCCUGAAAGUGAACCUGUACCCACCAACCCCACUACAGCCCAAAGCGCACCUGUGCCCUCUACUCCCCCUACUUCCCACAGCGCCCCUGUGCCCACCAGCCCCUCUGCCGCCCCGAGGGGGCCCCUCACCUACAGCGAGCUGCAGAAAUUAAAGAAGAAGGCAUCCAUGAAGAAGGCUCCGGAAGCCAUACCUGUGGUCCAGAUACGCCGCCCUGCCGCCCCCUCGCCGAGCUCCUCACCUGUCACCGACAUCCAGCUGCCACCCCCCUUGGUCGCCCAGCAGGGGGACCCCAAAAGCCCCCCCGCCGUGGCCCCCAAACCCAAAAAGCUGCCUCCCAACAUCACCAUUAAGUCUCACAGGGAGGUGGCGGGUGGCGCGGUCCGCAUGGACCCCAAGAAGGUGCACAUGGAGGCGCUGAGGAAGCUCGGACUGCUGAGGAGCACAGACGCUGACCCCGCCCCUGGUCCCGUAUCCCCUGCUACAGGCCCCUCCCUCUCCCCAAGGUCGCGCAGGUCGUGGGCGCCGCCCCAGAGCCCCCUGACAUCACCUGGGGGCGGCAAUUGCGGAGCAGGACCCCCCACCCCUGAGAUCAAUCCCCAACCAGCCCUUACCCUUGACCCUGUCCCUGCUCCUGCCUCCGCCACCACCCCGGAGACCCUCAGCACCCCUCAGACCUCCCCUGCACCUCCCAGGAAGAUGGUGGAGGUGUGUCUCCCCACCCUCCCAUCUGGGGAAGGGGGGGUCUUAGGGGAGGAGGAGGAUGAGGACAGACUAGACGUUCCUGAUCACCUGCCACCUAGCCCCCCCUCCACACCCACAUCUACACGCACUCCACUCCCCAGCAGCAGCGACGACAGCAACAACAACAACAACAACAGCUCUGCACCCCGUUGCCACGGUAUCAGUGUGCAGAUCAGCCCCUCAAGUAAUACCCAGGAGCGAAGAGCAGCUCUGAGGAGGCUGGGUCUGGGACAAGACUAAUUACCUGGAUUUGAACAGGACUAAUGACCUGGGUUUGAACAGGACUAAUUGCUAGGGUGUAAACUCGGGUCUAGUGGCCAGGGUCAGGGUGGAUUAAGAUGGCCUGGGCCCCUAGGAUAAAGAUUGUUGUGGACCCCCAUGGAGGGCAACUUUCAUGUCAAAUACAUACAGACAGUGUCAUAAUUUAGAGCUAGGAAUUAAGGAUAACAUGUCUACCAACUGUACUCAACACAAGAAAGGAUUUUUUCAAUGUUGUGUCUUGUCACAAUUCUGCAGUUUUACACUUUUGGCCAAUCAGGGCCCCCCUGGCCAGUGGGCUGCAGCCGUAUAUAGCCUGUGCAUUAACACGGCCCUGGCCUGGGUGCAAACUCUGCUCUGGGACAGGACCACUGUACUUGCCAAGGUGUAAACUUGGAUCUGGGACAAAACUAGUUGCAAGGGUUUGAACUGGGAUAGGACUACUGUAUAACUGCAUAACUUUGAGUGUGUAUUUUUGUAUUUUUGUAUUUUGAUUGUGUAUUUUUCAUACUUACUAGGUCUAGGACAUACUUACUGUAGUGACCAGGGUGCUAGCUCUGGUCUGGGACAAGUGACUACUGUGUGCUUACCAGGUCUGAAAUGGGCCUGGAGGAGGAUGAAGUGCUAAAACAAAUCUGGCAAAGGACUACAGAUAGGACUUAUUUUUGAAGGACCUGGCUAUCUGAGACCUGUCUUGUUUCAUAGUCAAUAAGGGAAAUUUGAUAUUUUGAAUGUUUUUUUUCCAAUGAUGUGGAAAGUUCAAAGGAUUUCAUAUCAGUAUGGCUCCUGCAACCGUCUCUCACUGCCAAUGAAGGAAAUUAAAACUGUAACAAUCUGUCCUGGUCAUAGUAUAGAGGUUCCUUGCAGCAAACCGAUGUUCAUUUUUCCAGAACUGACAAUAGCUAUCUAGACUUUGUCAGGGCCCAGCCAUCUCUAAGGAAACCCCUGCUUAUGCUAUAUUGUUUAUGAAGGAAAUUAAACUGAAACAUUCUUCCAAAGAUGGCAGAAGAGCCACCGAUCCAAGUAUACACCUGUAUCUAAACUGGCCAAUGCCUGGCGCUAGUGCAGUAUAGGCAGAGUCAUAGGGAUUGUCUACUCCAGGGGUCCCCAACCUUUCUGGGCUACCCGAGGGCUACUGAGGGCUCCCCGAGGGCUACUUUUGUACAAAAUCCUCUACUGAUGUCUUGACAUCAUUCUCAAAUCACAUUAUUAUUGAAUGAUAAUUUGCUUAUAGGUUAUAAAGAAUAAAUAAUCUCAUAUUUAAAUCAAGAAAAGCAUUAAAUGUGACCAAAAUCUGGUAGUCGUCACUGUAUAUUAACAUCCUUGGUGGGCACCUCAUUUGCUCCUGGAGGGCUACCUGGCGCCCGCGGGCACAACGUUGGUGACACCUGGUCUACUCUGUGUACAAUGCUCACCAGCUGCUACUUCGAAUUAAAUGUUCUCUGUACAUAAGCCUGAAUAAAAUAUGGGAGCGACCUGGCUGCUGCCAGGGAAGGGAAGCUGUUAGGGAGUUGGACUGUAGAUCAAAGGGUUGCAGGGUCGAUUCCCACCCUUCCACUCCCUAUCACACUCCAUGGCUGAAAUGCCCUUGAGCAAGGCAAAUACGCAUAUCCCCACAUAGCUCCAGGGAUAGUAUCCAACAACCUGUAUCUAAAUAACUGUAAGUCGCCUUGGAUAAAGUGUAAUGGAAUAAGGGAAGGAUCAGUAGAGCUGCUAGUGGACAACCAGGCAUUCGCUACGGAUUACUAUGGGCUACUACAGAAGAUUAAUUUUAUACUUGGUAAUAAAUGUCUAAUCUGAUUCCGGCUGAGAGGUGAAGGUCAAUGCAAUCCCUGGUCUGGUGGUCGUUAAGUCAAAUAUAAACACUAUUUGCACACUAAAGCAUUAGACUGUAGUUUUCUUAUGAAUAUGUGUAUUGCAGCAUAACCGGAGAUGCCAUCUUGGUAUACUUAACGUAUCAUUCAUGAACCAAUGACUGUAUAUUUAUUCAACUGGCUGUGGUGCUUACACCAACUGUGUUACAAACCUAAUAGGAUCACUGGACACUGUUCUGAAUAUCAGUACUAAAUAACUAACUUGUUUUGGAUAAUGUAAUGUAAUGUAUAUUGGCCAUUGGUAUUUGUGAGAAAUGUUAAAGGUAGUACGAAUGGGACUAAGGGCUUCUUAAUUUUUCAAAGAAAGAGACUGUGCCCUGUACAAUGUUACAAUGUUUUUUUUUAUUGCACACACAAAAUAAGAACAUAUGCAAGGUGCAGACAUUACUAUUAUUAUUAUUAUUCUUUUGUU